AUGUUCAAGGGGGCGCGCGAGACGCACUCGUUUGAAAUUCUGAAAGUAAAGCUAGCUCCGCUCAGUGUUGAGCGACUGAAGUCACUGAUUGACAGCCACGACGACGACCAGCCUGCGUUUCAGAACUUGGAGUAUUUAUCUUCGAGUAAUCACGGAGCAGUCCGUGAAGGCGAUGUAGAAGUCCAGAGUCAAGCUCUCCCAGCUGCGCAGAUGAUUGAGGCAGGGUACUACCCGCCUAACGAGGAUUUGGCCGAGGAGUAUCAGAGCAAAUCCCACUGCUUGCGCUUUUCCAUGGGAAUGGAAGAGAAUUUCGGCAUGAUUCGGGCUCCUUUGAGCUUUCCACGCCUCCUUCCCGGCGAAGUCUACGAAGCAGCUUUCCCAUAUAUGUUCACGGACGAUGCGUCAAGGCAUUACAUCUUUUUCCUGUUGUACCCGCGUGGCUAUCAUCGUCGGGAUUCAGCCCUCUGCCGAGACGAGGGUGUUGCGGAUCGUCUGUAUCUCGACGAUCAAGUCUGGAGAACCAGCUGGUCGCCCCCUUCUGCAGCCACCACUCGGCGUCACCUCGUCACCUCGUCACCGUGA